AUGUCAGAAGAAGCUGUUACUGAGACACGAUCUUCUCUGAAGACAGUAGCUUUACGGGUAUUUCACCUUCCCCUUUCCUGGUAUUAUUCUUUUAACCAGAUAAAGCUUUCACCUGGGUUAAAGAAGCUUUUCACAGUAACAGCAGUGAGUGCAAUAUCUGUUAUUUUUCUGGCCCAUCACUUCAAAAGAAGACGUGGAAAGAAAAACAAGAAAGUGCAGCCAUGGGAGCCAAGUCAUCUAGUAUUAGAGUGUACCAAAGCAGCUGCAUCAGAAAAAGGUUCUAGCUGUUCCAGUAGUCGGCAAAACUUGACUCUUUCUCUGAGCUCUGCCAAGGAGAAAGGAUCUCAGUCUUGUAUCUAUGCAAAUGGAGGACUUUUCAGUAAAUAUUCUGGUUCAGUUCAAAGCCUGGCUUCGGUUCAGAGCGCCACCUCUUGCCACAGUUGUGCUUGUGUCAAUUCUAAUUCCUGGGAUAAAGCAGAUGAAGAUGAUAUUAAGCUUGUCAAUAUUCCAGUGACCACACCUGAAAAUUUAUAUUUGAUGGGUAUGGAGCUUUUUGAAGAAGCCCUGCGUCGGUGGGAGCAGGCAUUAACCUUCCGCAACAGGCAGGUUGAAGAUGAAGCAAGUUGUGGUUCCAUUAAGCUGGGAGCAGGAGAUGCAAUUGCAGAAGAAAGUGUAGAAGAUAUCAUUAGUGCUGAAUUCAUUCAUAAGCUUGAAUCCCUUCUUCAAAGAGCUUAUCGUCUUCAGGAGGAGUUUGAAGCCACUCUUGGGGCCUCUGAUCCUGCUUCUCUCGCUAACGAUAUUGAUAAAAAUACAGACAUUACUGUAAAGGACAAUAUGGAUGAUUUCUGCCUUCGAGAUACAUUAAGCAUUGCAUCAACAGACUCCUUUGUUUCCACAGCUGAGCUUACAGAACACAGAGAGAUUCGUAAUAUGUAUGGUCUGGACUCCCUUUGCCAUUGCCCAUUGUAUGAAGAAGCUAUGCACUUAGCAGAAGAAGGCAAAAUUUACUCACGAGUGUUAAGGACUGAAAUGUUUGAAUGUCUAGGAGACAGUGACUUCCUUGCUAAGCUUCAUUGCAUUCGACAAGCCUUUCAGAUAAUUCUUUCAGAAACAGCAAACAGAAUAUUUCUUGCUGAAAGUGGAAGAAAAAUUUUGUCUGCUUUAAUUGUGAAAGCACGAAAGAAUCCAAAGAAAUUUGAAGAUGUUUUUGAUGAAAUGAUACAUUUUUUGGAACAAACAGAUCACUGGGAUAAUACUGAAAUGGAACUUGCUGCUAGAGGAGUGAAAAACCUGAAUUUUUAUGAUGUCGUCCUGGACUUCAUAUUAAUGGAUUCAUUUGAAGAUUUAGAAAAUCCACCAAUAACUAUACAGAAUGUAGUAAAUAACCGCUGGCUAAAUUCCUCUUUUAAGGAAACAGCUGUGGCUUCAAGCUGUUGGUCAGUACUGAAGCAGAAAAGACAGCAAAUGAAGGUGCCUGAUGGAUUUUUUGCACAUUUCUAUGCUAUAUGUGAGCAUAUCAGCCCUGUUUUGGCAUGGGGCUUUUUGGGCCCUAGAAACUCCCUUUAUGACCUAUGCUGCUUCUUCAAGGAUCAAGUGCUUUUCUUCCUCAAAGACAUUUUUGAUUUUGAAAAGGUGAGGUACUCAACCAUGGAGAGUUUGGCUGAAGAUCUUAUGCAAUUAUUAAUCCGACACACUGAACUCUUAAUGGCCUAUCUCGGAGCAGAUUCACUAAGGCAUGUCAGUGCUUGCGUAAGUGGUCACGGGCACGUCGUCACCAGUGGGCUCCUAGAAGCAAAAGUACAGUAG